AUGAAUUUCCCUUUGCCUGAAAAUAGAAUUGCAAAUUAUGCCAAAGUUUCGACUUUCCUGCCUCACCUCGUCUGUCAAUGUUGCAAAUCACUGUCUCUACAAUAAUUGAUAUGUCUUAAAUGUCAUGAGAACUUUUGCUUUAAAUGCAUCCCUUAUGCAGAUGAUCAGAUUCCUGAACCGAUCGAAAUAACUGUUCAAACCAUUCUGAUCAAUAAGAACACUAAAUAUGUUUAGGAUAUCAAUUACAGAGGCUUCUGUCCUAAUUGUGAAGUUGUUACAGUUCUAACAUCUUAACUACCAAAAAUGUUUCAUAAAUUAUACACCAGUGUCAAAUUCUCAUGUCAAAACAGAAUCAACGGUUGUUCUGAAGAACUCUGCUAUCCAGAUUUGAGAAUUCAUGAACAGAAAUGUGGAUAUAAUACUAUCACCUGUCCUAAGCAAGAAUGCAGUUAACAGACAUACAAAAAAGAUUUCAUAACUCAUGUCUCUAUCUGCAACCCAACAACAGAGUGUGUUUGUGGUUCCACUAAUCAACAUGACCAACAAAAAUGUCUCAGAUUACAAUGUGAGACCCUUAAAAGUUAACUCAAUACUCAAACCAAAGAAUUAUAAUUACUCAAAGAUGUUUAAACUACAUUCUCUUACUCCAGUCCCUAAAAAUAACUUAAUAGAAUAGUAGUCAACCAAUCCCCUUAUGUAGCUACGUCCCCCUUCUCUUUGCAAGGUUUACUACAAUAAUCAGCAUAAAUAUUAAAUGAUGGGUGA